CACGCGACGCCACUUUAACCCGGAGUCGUCCGGACACCCGCGCCACCCCGCCUGACCCUCUCUCUCUCACUCUCCCUGUCGCUCGAGUAAACUAUAGACACGGACCUACGGACCAGUGUAUUUCGGUACGGAGGCAGUAGACCUCGGUGGACCUGGUGUUUCCCUCCUCGCAUUCCCAUUCUUCGUCCUCCUUCCGCUUUGCCGGUCGUCGUCGGUAGAGCGGCAAAGCGGAGAAGAGACGGAACGACUGCGAAGAGAAGGAGGCCGGGGGGAGCCCUCGCGCGCUCUCGCGUCUUCUUCUUGUUUCGGGCUUCCUUGGCCAAGAAGAGAGAGAGAGAGAGAGAGGGGGGGGGCGGGGGAGAGAACGGAUGAUAGCGAUUCCCGUGCCAAGAGCUACUCGUUCGGGCCAAGCACAACUUGGCCGAGGCACAAUCGAGUGAAAGUCGCGUCGCGUCUUUCGCCGGGGGUGGCUCCUAGGCGCCGCGCGCGCGCGCUGAGCGCAGCCGAGUGAGCAGAGCAGGGGGGUGGAGGUGGAAAAAAACACUUAACUCGGGAGCGGGAUAGAAAAUAAGGACAAAUUGACUGUCCCCGGAUGGAUGGGACGAAGAAUUCACUCCGGUGCGGAUUGCGCGGCCCGACGACGGGGAAAAGCCGUGAAGAGAGCGCGGUGACUGAGUGCUGAUCUUAGAUUGCAGACGGAAUGAGACUUACGAGGAGCAGACGGUCGCUACUCGAGGCUGGAUUACGAGAUAAAUGCCUGCGCGGUAGACCGGGAACAGUUACAAAUCGCCGGAGGAAUCGCCGCACACGGAGCACAGCAGACUGAGGAUGUCCCGGGGUCAAGGGGGAUGGUCGGACGAGCCUUGCACGUCCGGUAGUGCAAGUCGUCGCGGCGGAGCUCGCCAAACGGCGGGGUCGUCCUCGAGGACGUCGGCGUCCGGGUUGGAGGAACGCGCUUCCGGUAGCACGCCCUGUAAAGGCGGCUUCAGGUUAGGUGUCUACGGUUGGAGGAAAAGAUGCCUCUACUCCCUCGUGUUGACCCUCAUGGUCAUCGUAAUCCUCAACCUCGCCCUCACCGUCUGGCUGCUGAAGGUCAUGGGAUUCAGUUCCGAAGGUAUCGGUUCGCUAAAAGUGGUGCCUGGGGGAAUCGAGCUAAGAGGUCAAGCUGCCGUGUUAGACGCCCUCGUGGCCUCCAGCCUGAGAUCUCGGAGGGGCAAAAACUUGGUGCUGGAAUCAUGGAGUAAUUUUACGGCCUCGGCGAGAUCCCACGAUGGACGGCUCCUUGCGCGAUUAACAGUCGGGGAGGACCGUGUCGACUGUGUGUCCCGAGGUUUCCGAGUAACCGAUCCUCGUGGAGGAGUACUCUUCUCCGCGGACAGGGAGCAGGUUAUCGUGGGCGCGGAAAUGUUGAGGGUGACCGGCGACGGUGGCGCCGUUUUUCAGGGUAGCGUGCAGACUCCGCUGGUCAGAGGAGAGUCGGGCCGCGGUCUUAGGCUCGAGUCAGCGACGAGGACCUUGAAGAUCAGCGCUCCCCAACGGGUGGUGAUCGAGUCCUGGGCGAACGAGAUCUCGGCCUCCUGCCUGACCGAUCUGAAGCUGCAGAGCGUUCACGGAGCCAUCAGGCUUGACGCAAAGUCCGUCUACAUGAAGGGUCUCAAGGCGGCCAUCCCGGUGCAAGGACACUCGUCCAGGGAGCAGCAGCAACAGCACUCCGGCAGAUCCUCAUCCGUUCAUCAGAGCCAGAGGGAGACCACCAUCUAUCAGCUGUGUGCGUGCGCGAGUGGCAAGCUGUUUCUCGCCAGGCCGGAUGGCACCUGUCAAGCCGACAAGUCGAUUUGCUAAUACGACGCGGCUUGACGGCGGUGUAUCGCGACAGCGCAGAACGAUUCGUUAGGACUAAUCGCGGCGGACUACUGUGUGACACGGUGAUCCUAGCGAGAGAAAAAUGGGAGAGAGAGAGAAAGAGAGAGAGAGAGAGAGAGAGGAAGGGAGCACUGCGAUCGGCUAUCGGCGCGAUCGGGGACGAGGCCUUCAUUGGAACACUGCAAACGAUAUCAAACGAAUCUACCGCGUCAAACGGGCGGAAAUCUCGAGUGCGACGUAUCAGGACAUACCUCGUGAGAGAGAGAGAGAGGGAGAGAGAGGACACGGUAAAUCGAUACAAAUAGUCGAAAGCUAAUCAAUUAUUUCGCAGCACUAUUUUUCGAUGAGCGCGGCGUAUGCUGGCGAUAUACUUUCAAAUGCCGGGCACCGCUCCACGGGGACUCCUAGUUUACUCACCGUCUGACGUAGACGCCGACGAGUGGCCCCCGACGUGCACACACACAUACACACGUGUCAAUUAACCGGUAUAUUGGAUUUCUUUCCGCGAUGUAUAUAUAUAUAUAUAUAUAUUUUUUUUUUUAAUUCUUUUGUUCUUUUUUUUCUGUUGUUUGCUUUCUUUCAGUUUAACAUCAAUCACGUUUAAUUGAGUUGCCAUGCCAGAGCGGAAUCGGGCGUUGUUGCCGGCUCCGGUCCCGCGUGAGCGCACGUCAAUUCGCCCCUAUUCACGGUGUUCCGCAGAGCGCGAGCCGAUCUUCAUCCGCGCGAUAUUUACACGAACCAGAAACGCGAGACGCGCUCGCUCGCGCGUCGGGGCCGCUUUCUCCCUUCCGGCGGCGUAAAGCGCGCCGUCGUAGAUACAAAGAGAAUCCUCGCGAGAUCUUGACCGGCCGGAAAUAUUCCCCCACGAAAUCGCGGGCUAUUCGGGAAAUUCUCUCUGAAGAAUAUUUUCAAGCGCCAUUCACCGGGUCUUCCCUUGAACUUUUUCUCUCGCAUCACCGCCGCCGGUCAAUGCGAGAUACGCGGGGGAAAAGAGCGCGAGAUUCUCGCCGCGCGUUCGCUUCAAGUUUUUCCUGCGGAAGGCUCGCGGCGCCCGCUAUUUCCCCGCCGUGUUGAAGCGCGCGCGCGCGCUCCGCCUGUUUGGCGCGAACUCUGAAUUCGGCACGAACUUGUAUAUUCCCCCCGGUGGGGGCCCUUGGAUGUCCAUCGGGGAUCCGCCCACGGGGAUCCUCGUGGGUACCGUGGAUAGAUCGUAUAUAAUACUAUGUGUACGUAGCACUGUCGCCGCGACGCUACCCCGUGAUGCACGCAUCACCGGACCCGGGUUCUCUCAUCGCAUUAACGCUGUAAACUGCGCGCGGCUGCGGCACUCGCGCUUCGAUUUGUCCCGCGCGAUCCCCCGUCGCCGAUCGAACGGGGAAAGACGAAAGGGAGGGGGGAAAAUAAAAGGAGCAAUCGGAACGUGCGUGGCGCUGAUCGCGACGUUACACGCGACGCUAACUACGCUAAAUGGUACUACACGUGUGAUGCUGAACGCGCGCGCGACGCUAAGCGAGUCGGAUGUAGGUGGGGAUUCGGACCGUCGCAACGCACACAGACCGGCGGGUGACAAAUAUUACUUGCACCGCGAGGAAAAGCAAUUGUUCCGUUUAAUUCUGUUUCUUUUUUCCUUUUCUUUUAAAUCAUGGCCGUCUCGAACUAAGAAUAUUCUCUUGCGAUGUGGUAUUGAAAUAUACUCGUCGCAAGUAUCAGAAGAGCUCAUUGUCAUCUCAUUCAAAAGAAGAAUUUGUUCCCUUCCCAAGAAUAUUAUAAACUUUAUCGAGGAAAUGUUAAAUCCGGUUGAUCGGGAUAAAUAAACAGAAGCUUUUUAGUUGUAGUGUUCAACUUGAUAUUGUUGAUUAUGAAGUAUUAAACUUGUUAGGGUUUAGAAUGUAUUUUAAGUUAGUUUAACGUGCUUGUGAUGAACUUAUGACAUACCUGUAAAUGUAUACUUGUAUCAUGUAUACUUGUUUCAAGUAUUUCACAAGUUCAUCAUAAAUAUCAAGUGACACUAUAAUCUCGAGAGAAUGUUCUUCGUUCAAGACAAUCAUUACUUAAAUGAAGGAUAACAAUAAUAGUAACUAAUUGCUUCCUUUCGAAGUGCAGGCAAUAUUUCUCUGUGUGUAACGGCCUCGACACCACGAAGUUGUGUCAUUCGAGAACUCCCCGUAAGGAAUACAAUAUGAUCUCUAAACAGGUGUAACUUGAUGCGUUGGGCCGGUCUGCGUAUGUGCGUCGGCGAGACGCGCGAUCGCCGUUCAGGCCAGCGCCCGCGGUAAAUCGGACAGACGACGACGAUCCCACGGUCGUCCCUCUUUUGUUCCCGCUCCGUAGCACCCUCGGCGCCCACCCCUUCGUUCGAUACUUUACAUCUCCCCCCGGUGUACCGAGUGUACGCCUCGCGCGGCAAAACCACUUGUAGGCAAAUCGUUCGUAGCUCCCACAAGCCCGCGCUCUCGGUGCUGGUGGCGCGGGGCCCUUUCAAGGAGAUUACUCCUCGCGAAUCGCUUACUUCUAACGCGGUGUCUGUUUAACCCGUGCUCCGAUACAAAGUAGAAACAUUGUUGUAAGUAGGGCGACGGCUGCAUCGGGCUGCGUGCGCCGCCGAAAAAGGCGAGAGAAAGAGAGAGAGAGAGAGUGAGUGAGAAUAAAAGAGAACGAGAGAAAGAGAGAAUGAGAGAGAGAGAGAGAGAGAGAGAAUGCGACAGUAGUUUCGACGCAUCCGGAUCGGAUUGCGAUCCAGCUUGUACGCUGUACAUCGGCCAUGUCCAUUUAUUUAUGUAUGUGGCAAUAAAGUCGUUAUUGUUACUAUUAUUAUUAA